ACGGAAGGGUGUGAUAUUAAACUCGCUGCUUGCAAGGAGUGAUGUUGACGUGAACUGGAAAAUUUUAAUAGCAGCAAAGCACGGAUGCAAAUCUCUUGUAGAACAGCUACUCUCCAGACGUGACAUCGAUAUGAACUUGCAAAACGACAAUGGAGACUCGCCGCUUCAGUGUGCAGUACGUUUGGGCUACGAGGAAGUGGCCGCCUUACUUGUUGCACGGGAUGGUGCUACAAUCACUCAACCUAGCUCCUCAGAACCCAUCUCCGUGGAACAGCUUUACCAAGCACCUUCUCAAUCUUCAAUCCAAGGAAAACGGAAGAGAAAAGUGGAAUUUAUAAAGGGGGAACCGACUCAGUUAGAACUUGCCAAUGUGAAACGGACCCGCAUUGAUAUGGAGGAUAGUUCUGAUUAUGGCAUGUACCAUGGCUAUUGACUGGUAUAAUGGGGAGAACCUAGGAGUAAACUCUCCUCUUUUAAACUGGGUAAAGGUCAUUGUCCUCAAAGGUGGCAUUAUAUCUUAUUUAUCGAGCGUCCUUUGUACGACCUCGUAUAGAACAUGCACAGUUUACGCAGGCCUUUAUUCUCUAAAUGUAAUAUCUAAUUACACUUGAGUCAUAUCUGUACUGUCGCC